AUUCUGCCAAGUGUCUUAAAGGGAUUUAAAAAAAAAAGAAGAAAAAAACCUUGGUAAAGAAAAAGGCACACAACGGCCUUUCAGAGGAGGUGGCGGCCUGCAGACAAAGGGCAAAAGUUAAAAGAGGACGGAGGAAGUGGCAAGCAGGGAGAGGCCACCCCCUGGGGAGGUGUGGGGCAUGCCCCAGGAGAAGGGGCCAGAAGACCCUCCUGUCCCACUCCCAAGCCCCAGGGGCCGCACAGGGUAUCCCUGUGCACCCAGAGCAUAGGCCCUCACCUGAGGUGGCCUAGGGAGCCAAGGAUGCUACCUGGGACCUUCAGCCUCACCUAAACGGGUGAGUCCAGAAGAGAGAAGCACAGGAUCCCCUCCGCAAGCCUCCAGUGUCCCUCACACUGCCAGUGUACCUAGAUGUGCACUCUGCUCUCACAGCCCUUGGCCUGUUAGGGCCACAGGGCCAGGAAUGUGAGUGUGGCCUGGGCCUACUGUGUCCCUCAACAUCAGCAAGGACCUGGGGAGCAGCCACUCUGGUAGGACCCUGAAGUCCAAGGGCUGUGGCAGCAAGGAGGUGUUGAGGCUCCGCAUCAGGUGGGGUCAGGCUCCCCCAGCUGUCCACCAUGGUGAUGGUACACCCCACUGCCGCUGCCACUGCUACACCCACGGCGACUGUCACAGCCACCGUCGUGAUGACCACAGCCACCAUGGACCUGCGGGACUGGCUGUUCCUCUGCUAUGGGCUCAUCGCCUUCCUGACAGAGGUCAUUGACAGCACCACGUGCCCCUCAGUGUGCCGCUGCGACAACAGCUUCAUCUAUUGCAACGACCGGGGGCUCACCUCCAUCCCUGCAGACAUCCCCGACGACGCCACCACCCUCUACCUGCAGAACAAUCAGAUCAACAACGCCGGCAUCCCCCAGGACCUCAAGACCAAGGUCAAUGUGCAGGUCAUCUACCUGUAUGAAAACGACCUGGACGAGUUCCCCAUCAACCUGCCCCGCUCCCUGCGGGAGCUGCACCUUCAGGACAACAACGUGCGCACCAUCGCCAGGGACUCACUGGCCCGCAUCCCACUGCUGGAGAAGCUGCACCUGGAUGACAAUUCCGUGUCCACCGUGAGCAUCGAGGAGGACGCCUUCGCCGACAGCAAACAGCUCAAGCUGCUCUUCCUGAGCCGCAACCACCUGAGCAGCAUCCCCCCGGGGCUGCCGCACACGCUGGAGGAGCUGCGGCUGGACGACAACCGCAUCUCCACCAUCCCGCUGCACGCCUUCAAGGGCCUGCACAGCCUGCGGCGCCUGGUGCUGGACGGCAAUCUGCUGGCCAACCAGCGCAUCGCAGACGACACCUUCAGCCGCCUGCAGAAUCUCACGGAGCUCUCUCUAGUGCGCAACUCUCUGGCCGCCCCACCCCUCAACCUGCCCAGCGCCCACCUGCAGAAGCUGUACCUGCAAGACAACAUCAUCAGCCAUAUCCCCUACAACACACUGGCCAAGAUGCGUGAGCUGGAGCGGCUGGACCUGUCCAACAACAACCUCACCACACUGCCCCGCGGCCUGUUCGAUGACCUGGGCAACCUAGCACAGCUUCUGCUUAGGAACAACCCCUGGUUCUGCGGCUGCAACCUCAUGUGGCUUCGGGACUGGGUGAAGGCACGGGCGGCUGUGGUUAAUGUGCGGGGCCUUAUGUGCCAGGGCCCUGAGAAGGUCCGGGGCAUGGCCAUCAAGGACAUCACCAGUGAGAUGGACGAGUGCUUUGAGACAGGGUCACAGGGUGGUGCAGCCAAUGCGGCCGCCAAGACCACAGCCAGCAACCAAGCCGCGGCCACCACACCCCAGGGAUCGCUGUUCACCCUCAAGGCCAAGAGACCAGGGCUGCGCCUCCCUGACUCCAACAUUGACUACCCCAUGGCCACGGGCGAUGGCGCCAAGACCCUGGUCAUCCAGGUGAAGCCCCUGACAGCGGACUCCAUCCGCAUCACAUGGAAGGCAACACUCCCUGCCUCCUCCUUCCGGCUCAGCUGGCUACGCCUGGGCCACAGCCCUGCAGUGGGCUCUAUCACAGAGACCCUGGUGCAGGGGGACAAGACAGAGUACCUGCUUACGGCCCUGGAACCCAAGUCCACCUACAUAAUCUGCAUGGUCACCAUGGAGACUGGAAACACCUAUGUGGCCGAUGAGACACCUGUGUGUGCCAAGGCAGAGACGGCUGAUAGCUACGGCCCCACCACGACACUCAACCAGGAGCAGAACACCGGCCCCAUGGUGGGGCUGCCCCUGGCAGGCAUCAUUGGUGGCGCCGUGGCUCUUGUCUUCCUCUUCCUGGUCCUGGGGGCCAUCUGCUGGUAUGUGCACAGGGCUGGUGAGCUGCUGACCCAGGAGAGGGCUUACAACCGGGGCAGCAGGAAGAAGGACGACUAUAUGGAGUCAGGGACCAAGAAGGAUAACUCUAUCCUGGAGAUCCGUGGCCCUGGGCUGCAGAUGCUGCCCAUUAACCCAUACCGCGCCAAAGAGGAGUACGUGGUCCACACCAUCUUCCCCUCCAAUGGCAGCAGUCUCUGCAAGGGCACACACACCAUCGGCUACGGCACCACACGGGGCUAUCGGGACGGGGGCAUCCCUGACAUCGACUACUCCUACACAUGAUGCCGGCCUGCCCUGGCCCAGCCCCUGGACGCCGUCCUAAGUGGCGCCCGGCUCUGCCCAGCCCACUAUGAUCCCAGAGAGCAAGGAAGAGAAACUAAUUCCACAAUGACUUUCCCAGCGUAAAGCAAAGUUUGGGAAAGGUUGAUGAUCUGCUACAACACACCAGUGGUGGGUGGGAAAACAUUUUUUUUUUUAACGAAUAGAAGGCAGGAAGGGGAAGGGGAAUCCAAAAUUAUUGGAGACAUAAUUUAUCUCAAGUUAUGCCAACUGGGGAGGGAAAACAAAAAUAAUACCGAAAGAAGGGUUGGGUUGGGGAUUUUUUUUCCUGGACUGGAAAGAUACUACCUGGACAACGUCUGUGUACACCUCGCACUCUAUUCGGUGCCGUCACAAAAGAACCGUCAGAGAGAAGCCACCAACACACAGGCCCCCACCCAGCAUCCUGCUGCCAGCUGCUCACAGGCAAUGAUGCGAUGGAAGAUUUUCAGGCACCUCACAAAGGAGAGAAGCAAAGAAAGCAUCUUUUGCUAUGGAGAUAUUGCCCUGAAAUCUCUUCCCUGGAUCUUUCCAUGCCAUUUCCCUGACAGAUUUGCAGAAAGAGUCUUUCACUGCAUUCUUGGAACAAUUAAUGUAGUCAAUUAAAAAGAAAAAAAACGAACUUUUUUCUUCCUAUGCUGAGCACUCUCCAGUUCCAUGCAUCCUCCGUAGACGCCCUGAUGGAAGCCGUAGCUUUCCCUGCCACGUGGAGGUGCGUCUGUCUGCCUGUCUGUUUCUAUGUCCUGUCUCUCAGUGCAGAUGGGUAGAUGGAGCUGCAUACAUCGUCCUUAUAGCGCUCCUUGGGUCAGUUCUUACCAUUUCCCGAGACAAUAGAAUUGCAAAAAAGUGUUGCUUUUCUCCUAGAAAUCACUGAGUAAGUAGCCCAUGUGUCAGGGGUGGGAAUGAGGUGGAGGGAGGAGCCCUGGUCGGGUGGGGAGUGUUGCUGUUACUAGAAGCAGAGGCCUGUAUGUCUUGGCAGGGUGGCUCAGGGAGGGACCAUAAGGGCACUCAGCUGGCCAGAGCUGGGCCGUUGUCCUUUCUAACACAGAGAAAUGUUUUCUUUUGACACUUAGGGCCCUCACCUCAGUUGGGUUUACUUGUGCUUCCUCCUGGAUAUGUAAUUAGUGCAGGGACAUUUUUAAAUACACAUAUAUGUAUCAGCUGAUUAGACCUUUUGGUUUCCAUGGCUGCUCAAACAAAGCCCAGAAAAAGAAAAUUUUCAGAAAAUCCCUGAGAGACAUCAACCCUCACACACAUAUUAGUGUAGAAAACAGCUCUGCCCGCUCCUGAGAGGAGAGACCAGAUCUCUUUCUAAAAAUGCCAGCCUCCAAAAGGGUUCCGACUGGGGCCCUCAGAAGAGCUAAAAUUUUAUUUCCUCCCUCUGGAAUCAAUGUCACUAUCAUUUAUCAACUGACAGUGCAGUGUGGCGAGCCAUGAGAUUAAAACGAUGAUGAAAUAAUGACAACAGAUCUGGAGAGGAGGAAAGCGUGGUACCCAGGGUUCCGGCGGCUGCUGCAUCCUAUACUCGGGGAGCUGGGGUCACCAUCUGUCAAUGUGUCUCUUGCCCCGCACCAGGAAAAGACAACAUCAAAGCAGAGGCAUUGCUCUAAGGGCAGGAGGAUGAGAAGGUCUGCUCCUGACAGUGGUGUUUUCAAAAAGCCUCUGCCAUUUGGACCAAAGCAAAGGCAGGAAGAAGAGGCCGGGCAGUGAUCACAGGGCUGCCUGCGACAUGCCCGAGCACUGUCGGCCUGUUGGACAUUCAAAGAGCCAACUGGCCCUUCAGCAAAGAGGUGGGUUGAAAGCAAUGUUCCUGCUGCUGCUCGCUGCUUGGGAAAAGUGGAGAGAGGUGCGGGUUCCCACUGUGGCCCAAGAAUCAUCACCACCAAAGCAGACCCCUACCCUCCAGCCCCAGGGCAUGGCCAAGGGGCAUGGACACUGCUCAUUCCAAAUGACCUUUUCCCCUUCUGCCGGGAACAUUUUCCCACAUGAUGAGGUCCAGAGAGAAACUUUCCCAAGCCUUAAUUUCAGGUCUGCAUCAAUGUUGCCUGUCACCCCACCACCACCAGCCUAGCUGCGGCACCAUCCCUCACAGCUUGGAAAGGAAGAGGGGACCCCACACACCAGGGAGAUCUGGCAGGAGGACUGCCUGGGGAGGGAAGUCCCAGCUCUCUGCUGUUUCUGAAGUGAGGCUCCCUCCCUUGAGGGCGUCCCUCUGGCCUACUUCAGGUUCCAGAAAAGUCAGCCCAGCCUUCCCUCUGCCUCAAGGCAUCUUGCCUGCAUGUGCAACACAGUACUGCCGGCAUGCUCUGCCCCCUAGCUCACCAGGGUCCCCUUUCUCAUUUCCUGCCCCAGGGAGGGUCAAGUCAUCCCUCUGGUGGCUAGGAAGGAAUUGAGGGGCAUCUGGUGGCCUGGACCCUGACAGUGACUUGAGUGGUGCACUUUCCGCCCCUAUCACACAGCAGGCCCAGGACCGCAAGGGCCCUGCCAAAUGCCUGGGCACAGUGCCCAGGCUGAGGACCUGACUGGUCGCCUGCAUGGGCUUCUUGCACUAACAGGGCUCAGCCCAGAUUAGUUAGGCCUGCAGAGCCCAGACCCUGCCUGUUUCUCAUGGGCAGUAUUCCUAGCAGGGACCUCUAAAUUCUGAUGAAAGUGAGCACUCUGCUAGCCAGGGAGACCCAGAGACCUAGGCCCCUGUGAAAGCCCUUCUUUUUUUUUUUUUUGAGACAGUGUCCCACUGUGUAGUUGAGA